GACCAAGAAAAGGGCCAUGACACAUACAUUUCAGGCCACACUGAGUCUUGCCAUUCUCCUUAUCUCUCUCUUCGGCAAUGCCAUCGCAGAGGACAUACUCUUCCAUGAUGAGAGCCUCAACACAGGAGAGUUUCUUGAAAACGGGCCCUACCGGUUUAUAAUGCAGGCCGACUGCAACCUGGUGUUGUAUGUGAACACCACGCGGGCGCUUUGGUCUUCCAGGACGAGCGGAAGGGGCACGUCGUGCCGUGCCACGCUGCAGAACAAUGGCAACCUUGUCGUGUUGUCGGGGACAGAUAUCGUGUGGACAAGUAACACAGCCGUUGGAGCAAAUAAUUACCGCCUCAUCGUUCAAGGGGAUGGGAAUGUGGUGAUCUAUGGCGCAGCUAUGUGGGCCACCAACACUGUACAGAGCAACAGACGGUUGCUUUGAGGAUUUGCAUGUGAUUCUUGUGUGAUGGAUGUAACUCACAAGGGGGCAUGUUGUUGAACCACGUUUUUCUUCUUAAUAACUUUGAUUAGUGAUUAUCUUCUAAAGAGAGAUUAUGUGUUUUUUCAUUUGUCAUAAGAAAUAAAAUCAAUAUAAGUUUGU